UAUAUCUAUAUAUACUAUAUAUAUAUAUUAAAAAAAAAAAAAAUAGAUAGAGGAUUUCCUCUAUCCCGUGACUUUUACUGCAUUGGAUUUUGCUCAUCUCAGAAGGAUUAAAAUAUUAUUUUACAGACUGUUUAAUUAAAGGAGUUAACAAUAUUAACGCUGCUGUAGAAUCGCGAGGGACCGACGGUACAGCAUUAGCAAGGACAAAGAGAGCACGAGAACUCAGAAGCAAGAGCAGGAGAUAACCUGUCUGGCUGAAAUAAACAAUAAAGAAGACAUUUGCUUUUAAAGAUGAAGCAAAGCACUGCAAAAACAGAGAUGAGCCGGUUUAACAUUUCACCAGACGAAGACAGCACUGGCAGCUCCAACAGCAACGAAUAUGGCUACCCUGAAUGUACCACUAAAAAAGCCCCCAUUAGCAGACAAUAUCAAGAUAUGGACCCAGAGAGCCAGAAUUUCCUCCCAGACUACCACCUAGGAAAGAUAAAAUACGAAACUGAAUUUUCUCCAGGCACAACCUCAUUUGGAAUGUCAGUAUUCAAUCUUGGCAACGCCAUCAUGGGUAGUGGCAUCCUGGGACUUUCUUACGCCAUGGCGAACACUGGAAUUGCACUUUUUGUGGUCCUCUUGAUUGCUGUGUCUAUAUUUUCCCUGUAUUCUGUACAUCUUCUGCUGAAAACUGCAAAUGAAGGAGGAUCAUUAGUGUAUGAACAGCUGGGAUACAAGGCAUUUGGCAUGCCAGGAAAACUGGCUGCUUCUCUUUCAAUCACAAUGCAGAACAUUGGAGCUAUGUCAAGCUACCUCUACAUUGUGAAGUACGAGCUGCCAAUUGUAAUCCAAGCGUUCCUGGGCAUGAAGGAAAAUACUGGAGAGUGGUAUAUCAACGGAGACUUUCUUGUUCUGACAGUGUCCCUGCUCAUUAUUCUACCAUUGUCCCUGUUAAGAAACCUUGGGUAUCUUGGUUAUACCAGUGGCUUCUCCUUGCUCUGUAUGGUCUUCUUUGUUAUUGUUGUUAUCUAUAAGUCAUUUGAAAUUUCCUGCUCUCUGAUUUUUGAAAAUGAGGCUCUUAACGCGACUCUGGACUACACCGUAGCUCACGUGGCUGCUGCAGUUCAUGAAACGGCUGUGACAGUGCACAAUGUCUCUUCCGAUGGGGACACAUGCACAACCAAGUAUUUUGUCUGGAACUCCCAGACUGUCUAUGCUGUGCCGAUCCUGACCUUUGCCUUCGUGUGCCACCCUGCUGUGUUACCUAUCUACGAGGAGCUGAAAGAUCGUUCCCGCAAGAGGAUGCAGAACGUGUCGAACGUUUCCUUCUUUGCCAUGUUUGUCAUGUACCUCCUGGCUGCUCUUUUUGGAUAUAUAACUUUCGGAAGCAACGUGGAGCCAGAGCUUCUUCACACUUACUCCAAGGUUUACAAGUUGGAUGUCGUCCUCCUUAUUGUGCGCCUUGCAGUGCUGACCGCUGUCACGCUCACAGUCCCUGUUGUUCUGUUUCCCAUCCGUACGUCAGUUAAUCAGCUGCUGUGCGCCUCAAAGGAAUUCAGCUGGGUCCGCCAUACCAUUAUCACUUUCAUUCUCUUGGGCUCUACCAACUUACUUGUUAUUUUCGUGCCCACAAUCAGGGACAUCUUUGGAUUUGUUGGUGCUUCUGCUGCUGCUAUGCUCAUCUUUAUUCUCCCCUCUGCAUUUUAUAUCAAGCUGGUGAAGAAGGAACCAAUGAAGUCAGUUCAGAAGAUUGGGGCUGUAAUCUUCUGUAUCAGCGGCUUCUUCGUUAUGAUUGGAAGCAUGACCCUGAUCAUCCUGGAUUGGACCCAGAAUGCUGCUAUGGCUGACGGCCAUUAAACAAACCUGGAAGUCACUGUCUUCUGGCUGCAAUGUAAUCCUUACUAAAUAGUGUCUUUACCCACACUGACAGAAAAAAAAAUAAACACAAAAAAAUGCAUACCAAUUAUUAAAAAAAAAGAAAUAGCAGAGAAAAGGAUUUUUUGUGGGUGAACAGGUUGGACUGCAAAGACUGCAUUACAAAGUACAUUUUUGCUCAACCACAGCCAAUGGGCAGCGACGUAUACCAUUCCAAGAGAAUGUAAUAAACUCUGUACAGUAUGCUACUAGGCCACAUGGAUGGCAUUUCAAACUAUUUCUGUUUCUAGUGAUAUAUAUUUUUUAUGACAGUUUCUUCUUUUUUUGUGUUAGUUACAGUACUAUAUUUUGAAUGUGCCUAAAGCAGGGACAUAAAUCUAAGCCUAAAAUGCAGCUAUGAAGUUCCAGUUCAGGUAAAAAAAAAAAGUGGCAUUUGCAUGGGUUUUCUUUGUACAUACUGUAUUUGGGCACAACUGUAUUUUUCACUUGCCUGACAGGUAAUUAAAAGGGAAUUUCCAGAUUUAAAAAAAAGUGGGUGUGAAGCCGAGUUAAUGUGUUAUUGAUAUGCAGGCUGUAUUCAAAAGUCAAAGCGCUUCUGCUUUCCUUGGCCAAAAAUUGUUUUAAGAAAUAAGUAGUUACUUAUAUUUUUAAGGAUGUAUCUUCCUUACACUACUUUUAAUUCAGGUGUAUCAAGUGUCUGAACAAUUUUAUCAGUGACUUUUUUAACAGUGUUAAACCCCAAAGGUUAACUGCCCUUGGUGAUGUAAUUAGGUUUAGUGAAAAAAAAAGCAUCAAAUUUAAUAAAACCUGUUUAGAAGAGUCUUUAUAGUGAAGUAUUUGUGAAGCGUAUAAUUAGACUACAGAGGCAAAAUGUCACUAGAAUGGCUUUAUAAACAGGUUCGGUCAUAUUCUAGUUCUUCAUCUCUGCUCUGCAAUAUUAAAAGCGCGAUGUUUGAACUGAUCAAGCCUACGUUGUAAAGAGGGUGCAGUAGUAAAAGAAACAUAGUUGGAGAGAAGUUAUAAAACAGGUUAUAAAGUUAUAAAGAGUUAUAAAACAGGUGCCAUCACAAGUACCUUCAUUUAUGUCUUGCCAGCCACUAACUUGAUUGCAUUUCAUUUGAUUUUUUCGCUAUACGUGACUAUUUUAAAUGUAAAACUGCAUAUGAAAAACACUAAUGGGAUUAUACCUAGAAGUGGCUGCCAGAUAUAGCAGAUAUGAUAAGCACACAUAGGGAGCCGGUUCAUGACAUGUCACUGCCUGUCCUGUAGCUUACAGCUAACAACAUUUCCUGUUUUUACAACCAAGUCAAAAUGUGAUGUUUUUUUAAUAAGUUGGCACCUUUUCUUUGAACACAGGCUUUUAAAGACGAAUGUAAUGUAUAUGGCUUCCUCGUGUGAUGGGUUAUGUUUACAGAAAUAUGAAAGCAUCUCGAUGGGUCCUACUGUGUUAAAAUUACAACUGCUGUUCUGCUGUCACCUCAUGUUUAAAGAUGUACUGUGCUUCCGAUACAAAUUUCAGCUGUUGUCGAUAGUGUUAUAUUGUCCUGCGAUAUUUAUGGAACAACAUGAAAUCAACGUAAUUUAAUCUAUUUUACUAUAUUUAUAUAACAUGUAUAUAUGUAUAUAUAUGUAUAUUGGUUUGAAUGUAUAUAGUUUUUUUUUUUUUUUUUUUGUUCUAUUAUCUUUUUGCAAGUUGUAAAAUAUUGUGGACCUGACCAGGGCUGCUAAUAUCGAGUUUCUUUAACAGUCUGUUGAUUUCUCCCACCAGUCGUAAUGGAUCAGCUGGCUUUAUAGUGAAAGCUAUCCCUCAGACCACUAAUUGUAAUUUAAGCAAAAUGUGUGAUAUUUUAAAUAGAAAACAAGAACAAUAAACAGAUAUAGAUUA